AUAUCAGGAUGUUUUAUCCUGAAUUCCUGAUUUUCAGGAUGAGUAUGAGGUGCCAGACCUGAAAAAUCCGAUUAAAUGAAUUUCUGACCCUGUAAAUUCAGUAUGGUUAUCAUAUGACAACCCUGAGAACUCAGUAUAGUGUUCGUGUACCAGCCCUGACUGCUCAGUAUGAAUUCGAGGAUAACCCUGAUACCUCGAAUCUGGCUUCAGGGGGGGCGCUACGGGUGUACCCCCUGUUUUCUGCCCAUAGUUCCAUAAUUUUCGUGCCAGCGCACAUUUUGCCUCUCCCUUUCAUGCCUUGAAUCAUCCAACCAUUCUAGACGAUAGAGCUUGUGCUCGCUGGUCUGUUUCUCUGCUGUGAACCGCCCCCUCGUUAGGGGGCACUAUGCUUGCGCCAGGAUCUGACGACGAGGAGGAGGCUCCCGACGAUCCUUCUACAGCGUCCCACCCGGGUGCCGUGACAGGAUUAGACUUACUGCGAAGAAAUCCUCCCGCAUCGGCACCUCCCCCUCGAACGCACACCGCUGAAGUAGUAGAGGAGGCAUCUCGCCAUGUUGUAGCAACACCACCUCAGCGAAGCACUACGCCCCGCACUUCUUUUAAUCAAGGGUCGACCCGUAUUGGACCGCCGUCGAAGAAGCUCGAGCCCUCACGCUAUCGGCAGGCAACCCUGAGUUUCGGGCGGUCGCAAAACACUCCCGCUCCGACUCUGCACGUCGUCCCUCCUGUUGUUUCAGGACCAUCUACAGCUCCGACUUCGUCAUCGGACACCGAACUUGAAGACGUGGCCGAACGAAAGUACCAGGAGGCUCUCUGGCAAUUUAAAAAGCGGUGGAGUACUGACUUUCCUUGGCUUGUGCUUAAUCAGACCCGUGCAGGAUUCCCGGCUUUGAAGUGUAAGACUUGCAUGGAACAUGGCGGGCACGGAACGAACUACGGCAAGGGCGGAGAAGGUGCGACCGACGUCCAGACGCAGGCGAUGCAAAACCACCAGCGCACGCGGAAGCACAAGAGAGCGAUGCGGAGACAAGCCACCGCCACUGCGAUCGCUGAGGGGCAGCUGCGCAUGGAGGACUUGGCGAAAACACAUACCGUCCAGAGCGAGCGUGUUACUGCACUGCUGGAGACUCUGCUUUUCAUCUGUCAGUCCGACGCGCCCAUCGAGAUGUGGGUGCAACUUGUGCGGCACCUCUCAAAGCGACGUACUCCUGGUUUUCCCAAACGAGGCUACGGGUCUUACUUCACAACGUAUGGCUUUCAGGAGUUAACCAAGUCGACAGCCAUGUACCUUCGAGCUCGUCAACGGGAGCACUUGGAGUCAAGCCCGUUCAUUGGCUUGAGCUGUGACGAGAGUACCGACAGAGUUCGUGGCAAGCACAUGAUUGUGUUUGCUACUUUCCUUCGCGAGCGCAUUGUUGUCACAGAGUUUCUAACGCUUCUUCCUGUCGACAAAUGUGAUGCAGCUUCUCUGGAAGGCUCUCUUGUUGCUUACCUCGAUAGCAUCGGCAUCAGUCUCUCAAAGGUGGAAGCCCUCGCGGCCAGAGAUGCUGCCAACGCGCUGCCUGAGCUGGGAAUUGUGGAUGCCAUCAUCCGCGCGGUUGCUGAGCUGCUGGGGCGUUCACACAACUGGCACAAGAUGUUCAAGGACCUCCAAAAGAUCUUCACGGCGACAAAUCUGGAGAUGCAAGGGAUUCACCUUGUUCGGUGGCUCAGUCGUGGCGGCGCCAUUCUGAGGCUGGUGGCGGUGCUUCCUGCCGUCAUCGUUCUGCUGCACCUCUACGACAAACCCAUGUACCACAUCGUCACAUCGUACAAGUUUCACUUUUUCCUGUACUUCCUCGCCGACGUGCACGAGGAGCUCAACAGCCUCAAUCUGCUGUUCCAGAAGCGCGAGAUCGACCUGACGGGCGUGCAGUCGCAGGUACGGCGAACGAUCGUCUUCAUUCGUUCGCGCUACGUCAACUGCGGGCCUAACUUCGGCACGAACAGCGAUCGCCUGUCCAAGUUUCUGGAGCGCCACGCCAGCAACCGAGAUGUGAUCGUGCAGGGCGUCGAUGCAGACGGAAUGGAGCGAGUGCAUCAAUUCGAGCUUCACGAGGAGCCGCUGCCAAACUACACCACUGCCCGCGGCGACAAAGCUUCCUGCACGCUCACCUGUCGCUCCUACGCGACCGAGCUCAUCUACAACGUGCAGCUGCGGCUCGGCGACCUUGAGCGGCUCAACGGGUCAAAGCUGUGGAUGCCCCGAACAUGGCCGCGGAACACGGAGGCGAGGGACGAGGAGUGCGCCGAGCACUUUGACAGCGUGGUCGAACUCUUCCACGCCAGCGACCGCGUUGAAAUUCUGCCAGGAGUCGACAAGCGGCUGGCACGCAAGGAACUCAGCACCCUCGUGCCAGUGCUUGCUGGUGUGCCAAAAGAGGAGCAGCCAUUCCAUGCCGGACUUGCAGCCAUCCUGGAGACCAGCGACUGGCCGCGCAGCUACCCGAAUCUCGUGCGCCUGUGGGUGGCUGUGGCAGUGCUUCCUCUCAGCACUGUUGAGUGCGAGAGGGGAUUCUCGCGACAAAAUGUGAUUAAGAGCUGGAACCGGACGAGUCUGUGCAACGGGAAGCUGGAGGAUCUGAUGUGCAUGAGUUUGCUAGAGUAUGACAUGAACUGGGAUAGGGUCAUUGAGGUGUGGCGCGGCAUGAAGAAGAGACGGCCAAGGAGGGCCCACCAGAGCGAAGUGCGUGCGAGGAAGUCUGCCAAGGGCAAAGAGAAAGUGGUGGUGUUGUCCGAAGAGGAGCAUGAUGAUGAGGCACGAGCGGACGAUGAGAACAGCUGCUCCAGCAGCGGGUUUAGUUCUAGUGAUGAUGAGGAGGAUGGUGGAAACUUCUGAGUCGAGCCACAUGUAUGCUGCAGUACUGU